CUGAAGAGGUCAAGUGGAAUAGGUAAAAAUGAGUUCGUCAUUUCUUGUUUGACUCUCUUUCCAGCCAGCCCAAUGUUAGAACAACUCAACGCCUGCAGAGCCAUAAAACACAUAAAGAAUAUUUAAAUGUCAUUCUCAGUUAGACGUAUGCGAUAUAAUACAACAAUAAAAAUCUUCUUUUCCUCCAUGAAUUCAACUUGUUUUCUACUUCACAUCCCAAUGUUCAUAUCGAGAAUUCUAACAUGGCCAAGAAAAUUUUCACUUUGAUUCUAGUACUAAUCAGUUUCUCCCUUCUCGGUUCGGUUUCUCAGUCUCAGCAACCUCAAAACACUACCAAUGAUAUAUGUAAUGGCAUAAUAAUCUCCUAUACUUAUACCUCUGGGGAACAACUCGAUCCAACCCUUCUUCAGUCUGACCCUAAUCAACAACCUUACAAGUUUGAAUCCAGCUUAGAAGUUCAGAAUGCUGGUGUUGAAGAACUCAAGAACUGGAAGGUUUUUGUUGGGUUCAAGCAUAGAGAAUACCUAGUGUCUGCCUCUGGUGCUGUGCUUGCAGAUGGAAAUUUCUUGCCAGGGAAUGUUAGCAAUGGCACCAUCUUUUCAGGUUCCCCUGUGACUGAUCUUAAGACGGCGGUUGAGACCGCAGGCGAUCGUAAACAGACAACAGCUGUGGUGAAUCUGGUGGGAACAGAAUUUGGUGUUGCACCAGAAAAUAGUCCCAUGCCUUCCAACAUUAGUCUUGUCAAUGAUGGCUUCUCAUGUUCCCAGGCUAAUAUGACACAAAGUAAGAAUGUGACAAAAGUGUGCUGCAUCAAAAGCUUGAAUGCAACAUCACCAAACUUAACCACAGAUAAUUCCCCUCUCCAAGAUGGUGAUUUAAGCAUUAUGUUUGAUGUGAUAAGUGCUUCUCCCACAUAUUACUGGGCACAGGUCACUAUAUCCAACCAGAACCCCAUUGCCAGGCUAGACCAUUGGCAACUUACAUGGGAAUGGAUGCGGGGCGAAUUCAUCUACGCGAUGAGAGGGGCGUAUCCAGCUGUUGUGGACACGGCCGACUGCAUUUUUGGUCCGCAGAGUUUGUACUACAAAGAGAUGGACUUUUCAGUAGCAUUGAGUUGUGACAAAAGGCCGACAAUCAUUGACCUCCCUCUGGAUAAAACUAAUGACACUAGCCUUGGUUUGGUGCCAUUUUGUUGUCGUAAUGGCACGAUUCUUCCAACAACUUUGGAUGAGAACAAGUCAAAGUCCUCUUUCAAGAUGCAAGUUUUCAAAAUGGAGCCAGAUUUGAGUAGCAGCGCCAUCAAUCCUCCACAGAACUGGAAGAUUAACAGCACAUCUGGACCUGGUUAUGUGUGUGGGCAGCCAAUUCGCGUGGGCGCGAGCCUCUUCCCCCACACGCAAGGACUAAUUUCCGAGGUUGCAGCUGUUGCAAGCUGGCAAAUUGUAUGCAACAUUACAAAAGCAGAACAAUCCUCUGAAAAGAAGCCUCCAAACUGCUGCGUAUCAUUCUCGUCGUUCUUCAAUGAAUCCGUCAUUCCAUGCAACACUUGCGCUUGUGGUUGCAGCAAUCCAAACCAGACCAACACUUGCGAUGCAACAGCUCCACCGCUUCUUUUACCACCCGAAAUGCUUCUGGUCCCAUUCGACAACAGGACUAAAAAAGCCGUGGCUCAUGCGCGUUUACUCCACGACAACGUGCCCAAUCCUUUACCCUGCGGGGAUAACUGUGGAGUCAGCAUCAACUGGCAUCUGCUUUCGGAUUAUAAAGAUGGAUGGACAGCAAGAAUGACCAUUUUCAACUGGGGUGAACAGGACAUUGUAGACUGGUCUGCUGCAGUUGAAAUGGACAAAGUCGUGCCUGGUUUCGAAAAAACCUAUUUAUUCAAUGGCAGCAUCCUCCCUAAUUCUCACAACACCACAUUAUUCUUCUUUGGUCUUCCGGGCAAAAAUUACCUUCUAGCAGAAAAAGAUUCAGACAACCCGCGGAAACAUCCUCCGAUCCCGGGUUCAAUGCAAUCUGUUAUACAGUUUACCAAGAAAUACACGCCUGGAGUCCAUGUAGACCGCGGAGAUGGAUUUCCCACCAAAGUUUACUUCAAUGGGGAGGAAUGUUCGCUUCCUACAAUGCUUCCAAUCAGUUUUGGACAUGGAAUCAAGGCAGCAUCAGCUUCUAUCAGCAUCCUCCUGAACUUAAUCAUUCUUAUACUCUUGUUCCAAUAGUUAGAUUCAUGGGGGCAUUAGUUCAUUUUUGUUCCUUGCUAUUUUUUUGGUAGAUUUUCACUUAAAUUAUAGAACUAUGAAUCCAUUUGUUUAAGUGAUAAUAACAAGUUCCUAAACUUCAACAGAAAUCUCUUUAUACAGCACGAAAAAUA